CGGAAGUGGUCGCGCUCCGGGGGCUCCGGCGGGGUGACGGCGGCUGCGGGUUGGCGUCAGGGAGGCAGAGCGCGUCGCUAGGAUGAACGCUCCUCCGGCCUUCGAGUCGUUCUUGCUCUUCGAGGGCGAGAAGAAAAUCACCAUUAACAAGGACACGAAGGUGCCCAAUGCUUGCUUGUUCACCAUCAACAAAGAAGACCACACUCUGGGGAACAUCAUUAAAUCCCAGCUGCUGAAGGACCCACAGGUGCUGUUUGCCGGCUACAAAGUCCCUCACCCCCUGGAGCACAAGAUCAUCAUCCGCGUGCAGACCACCCCGGACUACAGUCCCCAGGAGGCCUUCACCAACGCCAUCACAGACCUCAUCAGUGAGCUCUCCCUUCUGGAGGAACGCUUCCGGGUGGCCAUCAAGGACAAGCAGGAAGGAAUCGAGUAACGGCUAAAGGAACAUUGCUUAAUGGCUGUAAGGCUGGUGCACACAUCCUCAGGGCCCUUCUCUGUAACCCACGAUGACAGCCACUCAGCUCUCCGGGGCUGGAUGUGGCCCUGUUCUGUACAUAGAUAGACUGGUAUUUUCCUAAUAAAGUACAGCAGGAAAAGACCCA